UCAUUAAGGAAUACGAUGGCAAACCGCGUAGACAUGUACGUAACUGCUUUGGUCGUUUUAAGCAUUGGCGUUCUUACAAUAAACUUUGCACAUGGCAUACCAGUAGCGUCGAGAUCUAAUGCAAUUGAAUAUGAUCCCGAAGAAGCUGCCGGUAUGGUCGAAGGUGACAUGAUGCUCACCGAUGAACAAAUUUUGUUUCUACACAGUCCAAUAAGGGGCCGCAAUGGCCUCAUAGCCGAAACAAAACGUUGGCCGAAUCGUUUGGUUUACUAUAAAAUAAUCGGUAACUUCGAUGCGGCACAUCGAAAUGCUAUAUUGAGUGGUAUUCGAACACUGGAAGCACGCACUUGUCUUCGCUUCCAAGAAGCUGACGCCACUCAAAAAGCUUACGUAGCAAUUGAUUCUCAGAUUGGCGGAUGCUAUACCGCAGUGGGUUAUUUGGGUAAGGUGCAAACGAUGAACUUAGAAGUUUAUCCUAUUGGCGAGGGUUGUUUCCGACCGGGCACAAUUCUACAUGAAUUCAUGCAUGCACUUGGCUUCUAUCAUCAACAGAGUGCCUCUGAUCGUGAUAAUUACAUAGACGUUCUUUACGACAAUAUUGUCGAUGGCAAAGAAUUCAAUUUCAAGAGAUACACUGAUGACGUUAUUACAGACUUUGACGUGGGCUAUGAUUACGACAGUUGUCUGCACUAUCGUCCUGGUGCAUUUUCGAAAAAUGGUGAGGAUACGAUAGUACCUAAAGAUAGUACUGCUACUAUUGGUCAACGUCUGGGUUUAAGCAAAAAGGAUAUAGAUAAAAUAAAUAUUAUGUAUAAGUGUCCGAUAGAAAUUUAA